ACCGCGUCAAAAAAUUUCGACUCCACCCUCGUUGGGCUCAACGGAAGUCGAUCGCGCGAGUUGCCGCUCCGGAUCAAAAUCGAAACCCUAGUCUCGACUCUUGUUGCUAAUUCUUGCUUCGAUUCUCUUGCCAUUCUUCCAUUGCGACGAGGAAAGUUGAGAUCUGCUCUGGAUUCUCUGUGAUUUUUCCUCUUCUUUCUUCGUCUGCCGCGAUCGCUGCCUUCGAGAAGGGAUUGGUUGCAGAAGGAGAGGAGGAUAAGGAGUGGUGUGCAUGCGCCGGUUGCUCCGCGGGGAUAUGUUGCCCCUACCAUCUAACUUGGUUUCUCGUCAUCUCGUGGUCUCGUCUCUGCCUUCUUUGCCGCCGGCGCCGCUUCCAUUGCGGAGGGAGGCACAUCUUUGGUAUAUAGUGCCUAAUGAGCUAGAGGAUACUUCCUUACUGCAAGAUUAUAUGGAACUUCUAUCUCCUUGUGAAAAAGAAAAUGUUCUAUCUAUCAAAGGAGAAGCACUUAAAAAAUGUGCUAUACUAUCUCGUGUGUUGGUCAGGACCACUCUUUCAAGAUAUACUGAUUGUAAAGUGAAUCCAAGAUUGUUCAAGUUCAGGAAGAACAGAUUUGGAAAGCCUGAGGUAGAACAUCAAAAUGGUUGUCUCUGGGUUCCACCAUCCUUGCAAUUUAAUAUUUCACAUACAUCCUCCAUGAUUGCUUGUGGCGUCACGGUAGAUGUGCCUAUUGGCAUUGACAUCGAAGAAAAACGAAGGAAACCAGUUAAUAACAUAUUGUCUCUAGCUCACCGUUAUUUUUCCCCUUAUGAAGUUCAAUAUUUGGCUUCUUUUAUGGACCCUGAGAGUCGGCAAAGUGAGUUUCUUAGACUGUGGACCCUUAAGGAAGCCUAUGUUAAAGCUCUUGGAAGGGGCUUUUCUGGUGCACCCUUCAGGGAUUUUACAAUUCGGUUUGAAAAAAGCACAGACUCAGUAGUUCCUGAGCGACCAAAAUCAGAAGAAUUCAGAAUAAUGAUUGACACAGCUUCUGAUUCUGUAAACCUCACUGCUAACUGGCAAUUUGCACUGGUUGAACUCUGUGGUUCUCAUCUAGCUGCAAUUUGCAUGGAAAAGGAUGAAAAUAUGCCAGGCACAGAACAAGAAUUCCUUAAGUUAAAGGUCUGGAAGACUCUUCCAUUCGUAGAAGACAAAUGCAUGUCACAAACAGAUGCAGUGAUAAAUAUUAGUGGAUUAUGUUGAACUAUUCUUAUGUUGCCGCCAAAAUAUUGUGUGAAGAAGUGAAAGGGAUGACAGCCCUAUGUGGACGAUCAUAUUCAGAAGAAGCGGGUAAUUCCAUUCUCAAAUUUCUAUUAAUUUGAAGGUGGUCUACGAGGAAGUCACAGAAAGAGAAUCUGUCUGCUCUCAGAGGUUUUCUUUUAUCCCGACUUGUCUAGUCCCAAAACUUGCUUCGCAUUCUCUCUUGCUGUUCUUUUCUCUCCGUUCCAUCUCUAUAUAAAGCCUAAAACUACAUCAAGCAGACACCUCAGAAAUGAGCGGACCUCGUUGUUCUGUUUUAUUCCUUUGUUUCUGGUCAACUCAUCUGCUCUUUCUCUGUGCCAAUAAAAAAUAGCCUUAGGUUCUUAUCUUUA